AUGGCGCUCUGGACACCAUACGCAGAAGAGUCUGCCUUAGACUUAUCAGUGAAGUGCAAAAACGGACAGUUAUACACGGAACUUCCGUACCAAUUUCCUCAACUGCCUCAAAACGUACAAUAUCCUUAUAUAGGAUAUACUCAACCUAUUUACGUGCCGUUAGCUGAAACGUCGCCUGUGUCGUCAUGUUCAGGAUAUGCCCCAAUAAGUCCUGUGAGGACUGGUGUGAUAUCUCCACCGGAUUCACCAGUUUCUAUCAACGAGAGGAAACGUCCGAGCUAUAUGAUGGAUGUAGACACUCUAUCAGAUGACCCCGAUUUCCAAGCUUUUGAGCGUGAUGCAUUAAGAGCCAUGGCAGAGAAGAACGGGGGCACGUUACUCGGAAAUAACCCAAGAAUGCGUCGCGCCGUACAGACCAGUCAAAAUGCCGACGACUCAUAUAGGAAGCAGAGGGAAAGAAACAAUUUUGCAGCAAAACAAAGUCGGGAUCGGCGAAAGUUGAGAGAGAUUCAUCUCGCUUUGAAAGUGACUUAUUUGAAAAAUGAAAUGGCGAAGUUGAAAAGUAUGCUUGCUUCGAACACAUGUAUCAGAUGCCAUCACCCGAGUCUUUGU